AUGUUGUUGGGGUUGAAAGAUCUUUUUAUUGUACGCGGGGGAGCUGCCCACAGGCCAACUCUUCAGUGUGAUGAAGACGGUUUCGUCGUGUACCUUAUGCUUCUUGUGGCUUAUUGCAUUUGUGUUUGCUUCACCACAUGGAACUACGGGAGGACAUGCUCUCCGGUUGUGUUGGAGACCAUCAUUUUACUUGCGCGAGUUAUGGUUGGAAAUAGUGAAUUGUUGUUCAAAGGGGAUCAAGCUGCAGCGUGGGCUGGGUUUGGUGGCCCGCAUCGGUCUCCAAACGGGGAAACCUCUUCGCACGGUGUUGGGUCGCAGCAGCGGCGAAAGGAUCGAGUAAUUUCAAAGCCCACGUUUGCCCCGGUGCCGUUUUUUUCAGUUUGUGCUGCGGCGUUUUUGAUUGUAUCUGCUUUUACUACGUUGUUCUGCAAGACAGAUGCUUGUUUACUGCACUCCACCCGAAUUGCAUUUGGUCUCAGCAUGGUAAUCAUGCCCGCUACUCUCACGGGUCGCAAGGCGUUCAUGCUCGCGGGGGGUUGUUAUCUCGUAUAUGUGUUUUGGGGGCCUUUCGCCCUCUAUAUCCAACAGUUUCAAGAGUCUGGUACGCACACUUGGUGGCACUCUCUUUACUCCCGUUACAGCACGGCCCUUGCACUUACUGUGCUGCUGAUGGACGUUAGAGAUUUCACCCAGUGCCAGUUGGGUAGAAAGUGUGUGGCGGCUUUUCCAGCGCUAGAGAAACUGGUGAAAAUCAUUCCAGAUUCUUCGUCACAUGGAGAUGAUAAGGUCUGGGGGGUUUCAAUCAGUUAUGUGUGUUUCGUGUGUUCCAUCACCACCAUGACGCUUUGUUUGUGGGCGUCUUCGAUGAUGCUUGAGAGAUCAUUGGAUGUGUCAUGCACAGGAGUUUUUUGUGCGUUGGUCGUUGUACUGAAAAUUGCGGAUGGCUGCUUAGCGAAAGGCUUCAUGAAGGCAUUGCGGGAAUCCUUUCCAUUGCUCACAAUUAGUGCUCUUCUGGUCGCUGUUGUUUACUAUUGUGUGCCCGUCGAGUCGCACCCGAUAGUAGCGGGGAGUAUGCCGUGCUCGAUGGUGGUUGUUUACAUUGCAAACCGGUGCCCUUGUGGUUCAUAUUCUGAAACGAUAUUUUUACUUAUGUGGCUGACGAUGUUUGGGUCGGUAUAUCGGGGCUCGAGCUUCGCCCAUGUGAUCGAGGGUCGUUACGUAUUUCCUAACCAAAUGCUUCACUUGGUUACCAUUGGUGUUGGCUUUCAUACCCUGUUUGUAUUGGGGUUUGCCACUCUCACACAAGGAUCUCACCCAUGCAGUGGGCCGUUGCUGCCGCUACUUAAAAGAGUGACCGCCAUACUGAGGGAGUUGCGCCUGUUGAACAAGGGUCGGUGUGGACGAAAAGAGGAGAGAAACACUCGAUCAUCACCGCCACCACAAACUGUGGUGGAGAGGUCGCCUCUAAGGGUCGAAACGCGUGGUGCCGAAAAGAAUGGUAACUCUACCGAGGGAAAUCUCUAUGUGAUGUCAUCUGAGUUGCCUUCAUUAACGAAGUUGGUCAAAAUGGAGGCAGAACUCAGCGCAGAAAUUUCAAGCACGACAGAACAACCCAGCCAAGACGAUGACGAAUUUUUUGGUGUUGUACACAGGGGGUCGACGGGUGAGGGUGUGAAGCGGUUGGAGUGUUUAGUCGAUCACGGAUCAGCAGUGGAGAGCACACAAGGAGUUUCACAGCAUGAGUCCCCAACUGCCACACCCAUUUUGGUACACGAGGGACACUUCAAUGAAUCUCACAUGGACGCGAGAGAAGAAGAGGCGGAAACGACACCAGCAUUUGAGGACAUUAGGGAAAUGGAAUGCCCCAAAAAAGAGAUGGAGGAGAAGGUGAUGAUUAUAUUGGAGGAAAGGCAGGAAAGCAGAGUGAGGGACGUUGCCGACCAGUCGUCAGAGAUGGGGAAAAGGAAGUUGUCGGCGAACGGUAACAGCAAGGCGACGUAUGCAGAGGCCGUCCUCGAGGAUCUACAAGCCGAAACCAAGGCGGCGAAACUCAUUACUGCUCAACAGAAGGCGCAACAGCCGGAAGAAUCACUUGAUAAGCAACAACUUCUGCGAGACUCGGGGCUUUCCGAACCGAAGAAAAACGUUUUGCGUGCCUCCACCUCCGCAGAAGGAUCGCUUAAAAGGAGUGGUGAUGCUUCUGAGCGUGUUCCUGUGGGGGCGGUAGUGAAGAUGUCGCGGCAACACCAAGCAGCAGCAAAAUCGAAGAAAGAAUUAACCGUGCCAUUGCCCAAAUGCAUGGUGACGGCGCAGGAAAUGUCAAGCACACCAGCGCUGGUAGCAGCGGAUGUGGCAGCUGAAAGGCCUUCAAAGAAAGAAGUGAAGCACGCAACAACGCCUAAGCGCAAUACGGCGGAGGUCGAGGCAGAGAAGCAGAAAGGCACUGCAAAAGGUGUUAAUCAAAAAGGUGGUAAAGUCCUUCAAGAUGAACCUGCGAAGAAACCUCGUGCAGUAGCGGACAGCUUGAAACAGAAGGAGAAAGUUGAGUCAAGACGACGGAAAGACGAGAAGGAUCCGACGCGCUGUACUUCUGACAGCAAGCCGAAGCAAUUUAUCCCUUCACUUCAGAACAUUGGGGCCCAAGUUGGUGAUAAUUGUCGAGAGGACGGGAAUGCAAACGACACCAAAACAACAACUGCAACUGGUGUUGCAGCGGACCAGCCAUCCUGUACUUCAAAGAACUCCGCGGUUGCCAGCGAAACACGUGAGUGUGUAGCCAUCUCUAUACCGCAACCGCGUUCCUGGAGCAGCCCUGCCCAAAAUACAUCGCUAGUGCUUAAUCCCAUUGCGGCGGAGGCAAAUUCAAGGAAAACCACAUGUUGGAACACUUCUUCAGUAAAUGACGGUUGUGAAGCUGCCGGUUUUGGCGAUCAGAUUUCCUUAUUGGGAAAAACAUCAUCUCCAUGGGAGACGCCUCCCUCUCUCGGGGAGAGCCCUUUGGCCGAGUUGUCGCAACUGUACCUCACUGCGGGCCCCAUGUGUGAGGCUCCACAAGGGGAAACAACACGGUCCAUACCUUUGGAGGCACGCAACGCGCUGGAAAACUUUGCGAAAGCGUGGGAACCCCGCGAGAACGUUACACAUCUACCCCGGGAAAGUGGUUUGGAGGGUGGUUCCCCACAGAAGGAGGGAAAGAGAAGGCAAUCUGUCGGGGGUGUGUGGGCGGGAAUUCCCCUUUCCGUUGCAACAGAUUCCAAGGGUUUGCAACUCGUAAAUCACGAAGCAGCGAGCUCACCUAACAUUUUCAACGUUUCUGAACCCCCUACGACCAUGUCAAACAGUGGAAUGGCUGAGGGUUUGGAGCACCAAACGGCACCUUCAUCGGUGGAGGAACAUCACUUUGCACGUCUCCAAUACCCAGCCGCCCAGCAAGCACAACUGCUCAUGAUGGCAGACGGGCGGCUGGCAAUGUACCCUGUGUAUUCCCCUCCUUACGUGCAUCAGGCUGUUGUUAUGUCCCCACCGCAUGGCGGUGCUGCGGUGCCCCACCACCACGUCCAACAUCAACAUUCGCUUGCUUUUUAUCCGCAGGUCGUUGUGCCCGUGUCACAGAUGCCCUCUGGAACGUGGUCGCCCUACGCCCAAAGCCCCGGAGUUCAUCAGUAG